UUGGAUGCCUACAGCUUACCUUUCUCUCCUAUAUAUAUAUUUAUCCUCUUUUAAACCUCACCUAGAAUUUAAAAAGAGAAGCCACAUUUUAAGGCCUUUGGGUCUCUCUCUCUCUCUCUCUCUCUCUCUCUCUCUCUCUCUCUUUGAAGUCAAACUCUCAGAGUCUCAUACUCCAACACACUUCGUUUCAGCUUCUGCACGACACAAAUGGAUGAGUACAAGAGGAGCCAUGUUCCAGCUUUUGGGAGCUGGGAUUGCAACGAUGAUUUGCCAUUCACGCAGUGCUUUGAGUCAGCGAGGCAGGCUGGGUUGCUUCGAUACAGCUAUUCUGAGGAUCGUGAUUUGUAUGUGGCUGGUGACUUGUACCAGAAUGAUGUGAUGACUCCGGCCAUGAUUGUCGUGCCUCGUCGAACGACAAGAGACUCCUACUCAGAUGAGAAAGAAGAGAAAAACCAAGGUUGGGUGUGUGAUGUGAAGGAGCCACCAAGUCCCAUUCCAACCCCACGAAGACCAUUUCCCAAAGCUGUUGACGAAGAUUUGUACAAGAUCUCUCCCUCUCUCCUUCGCAACAAUAAAUCUAGAAGAAAGAGAGUAAUGGGCUUCUUUUCAAGCUGCCUCCUUCCUACCUGUUUUCUGUGAAUGUGAAGCUCUACGUGGGGCUACAGUCUAUGUAUUUAUAUAUAUAAGAAAAAUGGGAAGAGCUGAGAGAAUACAUGUAUGGUGUCUUAGGCGCUUGAAGAAGAAGAAGAGAGAAUCAUUAUUAUUAUUAUUAUCAUAUGAUAAUGAUCAGUGAUCAUCAUCUUCUUGCUAAUUUCCUUUCAGUAUAUGUAAAAGAAAAUGUAGAACAUGGAGGAGGGAGACUACUGAGUGUGAAUCUUCUUUUCCAGUUGUGUUGAGUCUUUUCAGAGAUCUCUGAUUCAACUGAUCAGGAGGUGUAGGCAUGUAGCAUCCAUCAUCAUCGCUCAUUUCUUAUGUACUACUUUAUAUUUGUGUAGGGGGUGUAAUUAGUAAUUACUUACUUUCAUUGCUCUCUCAUGGUCUGUACCAAACAUUUGAUAUGGAAUUUCAUUUUAUUGGGGCUUCUGCCUAUUUCUUCUUUCA